CCAAAGCAAUUGUGAAAAAGAUCUCUAUGGGUGAUCCGGAGAAUCGCCACCUUAAAAUUGCCCGUCACAACAUCCAACUGCCCAUAAAGACUAUUCCUAAUGAACUCAUCUUUGAGAUAAUCUCAAGAUUACCUGCGGAAUCCAUCGCGAUUUGUCGCCGCAUCUGGAAGGAAUGGGAAUCCUUACUUCGUACUCCGGAUUUCACAAAUUAUUUUCUUGCCGUUUCAUCAGCGCAUCCGCGUAUUUUGCUCACCUUUAAAUACAGCGGUAAGUGGCAUUUCUUUUCAACUCCUCAGCCUCAAGAUCUUGAUAAGGAGUUAAGUGUUGUAGAAGCAUUUUCUCAUAUGAAAUUAAAUGGAGGUUCGGGACCCGAAAGUUGUCUAUCUGUCCAGGGAUUUACGUGUCUUAUCGAUCGACCAUUCUUAAUGGGAAAGUGGGAACGGGUUCCUGUGAUAUGUAACCCUUUCACCGGUCAACACCUAACUUUACCCAAAGUUAAAGCGAAGAAUUCUGAUUUGAGAACUUUUUUUGGGUAUGAUCCCAUCAAUAAACAGUUCAAGGUUUUGUGCAUGACCGUGACCAACUACAGAAAACAAGUUAACUCCAAGGAGCAUCAAGUUCUGACGAUAGGGAAGGGAAUACUAUCCUGGAGAAAGAUCAAAUGCUUGUUUCCGCAUUAUCCUGAACGUAAGAGAGAUGGGAUAUGCAUCAACGGGAUUUUGUAUUACGUAGCUAAGUCGGAUAAGACUUGUUUGAUAGCAUCCUUUGAUGUUAUGUCUGAAGAAUUUAGAUUAAUAAAUAUGCCAAAGGACUUUGAGUUAACUAACAUUUCGGCUCUGGUGAAUUUCAAGGGAAAGUUAUGUGCUGUGAUCUAUAGUGGUAGUCAUGGUGAGUUAUGGGUUCUAGAACAUACCAAGAGAGAGAAAUGGUCCAAGCACAGCUUUGUUUCCCCAAAUACAGAUUUUGAAGAAGUAAAGGCAACAUGGGCUACUGAUAAUGGUGAAAUUGCUUGGAUCAUAAGUCACUGGAAAAAUCCGUUCUAUGUUUUCUUUUACAACCUGAAUAGCAAGAGUGUCAGAAGAGUUGAAAUUAAAGGAAUUGAUGAUCGCGCUAUAACAAACGUAAGUGUUACAAGCUAUGUUGAAAGUGUUAUGGUUUUGUAAUAACUUUGGGGCUAAUCCCGGGUUUGG